AUGAAGGUCGCAUUGCUCAUCGCACUGGCUACGGCCGCCAUGGCCGACAUCAUCAACAAUGAGCACCUCAAGACCGAGGUCCUCACUCCUGCCAAGUGUACUCGCAAGACGCAGGCUGGCGACAAGAUCAAUGUUCACUACCGCGGAACUCUGACGGACGGUACCGAAUUCGACGCUUCCUACGGCCGCGGCGAGCCCUUGAGCUUCACCGUCGGCCAGGGCCAGGUCAUCAAGGGCUGGGACCAGGGUCUGCUUGACAUGUGCCCGGGAGAGAAGAGGAAGCUCACCAUCCAACCCGAUUGGGCCUAUGGCUCGCGCGGUGCUGGCCCUAUCCCUCCGAACAGCGUUCUGAUCUUCGAGUCCGAGCUCAUGUCCAUCGAUGGCGUCGAAAAGGAGGAGCUAUAA